CGCACCUCCCCCCCCCUUUGUGCACCGCGGCGGGGGCGCCUCCUCCUCCUCCUUCCUUCCUCCACCCUCCUCCUUCCUCUUCCUCCGCCUCCUCCUCCUCCUCUGCCGGCGUGCCAGCAGCUCCGGGGCCCGGCUGUCGCUCGGCUCCCCGCGGCCCGGCCCGGCCCCGCGGCGCCCAUGCGGCUGCAGCCCCGGCCAGCCCCUCGCCCCGGUGCCAGGAGGAUGCUGGCCGCUUCUCCCCGAGCUACGAAGGGCGCCGAGAGCCGCUACCCGCUGCACGCGCUGGUCUGGCGCGACCGCCCCGCCGAGCUGGACAGAGCGCUGAGCAACGGCCAGCAGGUGGAUGUUGAGCAGGUGGACCCGCGAGGCCGAACACCCUUGCACCUGGCCACCACCUUGGGCCACUUGGAGUGUGCACGGGUUCUCUUGCGGCACGGGGCAGAUGUGGCCAAAGAAAAUCGGUCUGGCUGGACAGUGCUGCAGGAGGCAGUUAGUACCCAGGAGCAGGAUUUGGUUCAACUGGUGCUGCGUUACCGGGACUACCAGAGAUCCAUCAAGCGCUUGGCCGGGAUUCCCGUCCUGUUAGAAAAACUGCGGAAGGCUCAAGAUUUCUACGUAGAGAUGAAGUGGGAAUUCACGAGUUGGGUUCCUUUGGUCUCCAAGAUUUGCCCCAGUGACACAUACAAGGUGUGGAAGUGCGGCCAGAACCUGCGGGUAGACACAACGUUGCUGGGCUUCGACCACAUGACGUGGCAGCGUGGGAACCACAGCUUCAUCUUCCGGGGUCAAGAUACGAGUGCGGUGUUCAUGGAGGUGGAUCACAACAGGCGGGUGGUCUACUCCGAAACGCUGGCGCUGGCUGCCCACGACCAGGAGACCAUCCUCGCGGCCAUGCAGCCCACCGAGGAGCAGGUGAUGGGGCGCCUGAUGGCCCCCGUGGUCGCCACGCACCUGGACAUGCGCAAUAUCGCCUUCGAGAGGAACAAGACGGGUAUAUUAGGCUGGAGGAGCGAAAAGACUGAGGUGGUGAACGGGUACGAAGCCAAGGUUUACGGGGCUUCCAAUGUGGAACUCAUCACCCGGACGCGGACCGAACACCUUUCCGAGCAGCACAAAGGUAAAACCAAAGGUGGUAAAACCCCAUUGCAGUCGUUUCUGGGCAUUGCCGAACAACACGUGGGUCCCAACAACGGGGCUCUCAUCACGCAGACGCUGAGCCACGCCAACCCCACGGCCAUCACGCCUGAGGAAUACUUUGACCCCAAUUUUGAGCUGGGGACUCGGGAUAUGGGGCGACCCAUCGAACUCACCACCAAGACGCAAAAGUUCAAAGCCAAGUUGUGGCUGUGCGAAGACCACCCUUUGUCCCUGGCCGAGCAAGUGGCCCCCAUCAUUGACCUCAUGGCGGUCAGCAACGCCCUCUUUGCCAAACUCCGGGAUUUUAUCACGUUGCGUCUGCCGCCUGGCUUUCCGGUCAAAAUUGAAAUCCCCAUCUUCCACAUCCUCAAUGCUCGCAUCACCUUUGGCAACUUGAACGGCUGCGACGAGCCGGUGGUCUCCCUCCGCAGCACGGGCAGCCCCGGCAGCGAUGCCCCCUCGACCGGGAGUGACCGGUCCAGCAUCAGCAGCUCCAGCUCCCUUGGCUCCUGCCGCUGCUUUGAGAUGGACCCCUCCCUCUUCGAAGCCCCCCAGGGUUACAGCAUCGUCGGGAGACACCCGGAGCCGUUGCGGGAAGAUGAGGAUGAUUUACUGCAGUUCGCCAUCCAACAGAGCUUGCUAGACGCGGGCAGCGAAUAUGACCAGGUGACAAUUUGGGAAGCGUUGACCAACAGCAAACCAGGCACUCUGCCGGUGUCCCAGGAAGGACGUAGAGUCUGCAGGACACCCCAGCACACGCCGCCCCCGCGGCCCGCCGUCCCCCAGCAGCCACCCCCCCCAGCAGGCCGGGGUCCCGGGCUGCCCACUUACGCCGAGCAGCUGCGCCUGGCCAUGGAGCUCUCCGCCAAAGAGCAAGAAGAAGCCGAGCGGCGUUCGCGCCAGGAGCAAGAAGAACUGGAACGGAUCCUGCGCCUCUCCCUUACCGAACAAUAGGGCCCCCCCUCACCCAGGGGGUCUUGGGCAGGGGCACGCACACACAGCUCCGGCCAGCGCCUGGGGGCCACCAGCCAGCACUAACGGACUGUGCCUUUCCCAGUUCUGGCUCUGCUCAUGCACAAACCUGGGCACCACCAGGACGGAGCGA